UCCUCCAAAGUUUCUCAUCCCCGGAAAAAGCCCACCUUCAACACUCUCAACACUCCCCGAAUCUCACCCCUCUCUCUCUCUCUUCCUCUACCUACUCCUCUCUCUUUCUCUUCCUCUCCCCCAAAAACCCAGAAACUCAAACACCCAAAAUGCAGCUGCGUCUCCCCUUCAAAACCCACCUCUCAAUUUCUCCAAUUUCCUGAAAAAGGGUUCUCGGAAUUCGCGUCUUUCUGCGUCAAAGUUUCCAUCUUUAGAGAGGCAAUGUGAGCCGGGUUUUUUUUUCCUACCAUGGUGGCUGCCAUUUCCGACCCGACCCAUCUCCAGACCCAAUCUCGGCCGCCGCUUCUUCCCUCCGACAAUGCCUCCUCCGCCGCCGCAGCCGUUCAACGACGCGUCGUCCUCCGCGGCAGGCAGGUCUCCUCCAAGUACAUGUCCACUCCUUCUCCUUCUUCUUCAACCUCGACUUCUACCUCUACUACAGUCUCCUCCUCCGGGUCUUCCAGAAGAUGCCCUUCGCCGCUGCUCUCGCGGUCUAUGAACUCGUCUCCGGCGCCGAAUUCCGGCCCGAAGCGGGCCCAAUCGGCCGACCGGAGGCGACCCGGUACGGCCCGGACAGUACCGGAGCACCGGCUGAGCAAUGCGGGUUCCGAAGUCUCCGCCGCCACCAGACUCCUCGUCACUUCCACCCGGAGCCUCUCGGUAUCGUUUCAGGGCGAGGCGUUCUCGCUUCCGAUUAGUAAGACCAAGGCGGCGGUAGGGGCUGCUCCGGCGAGGAAGGCCACGCCGGAGCGGCGGAGGUCGACGCCGGUGAGAAGAGAAGGAGAUCAGGUGGAGAAUUCUAGGCCCUCCGGCGGUGGUGAUCAGCACCGGUGGCCGGCCCGGAGUCGGCAACCGAAUUCGAAUUCGGGUUAUUCGAACCCGAAUUUGAGUAGGAGUAUGGACUGUAGGAGUGUGGAGAAGAAGAGUGUGAAUGUGAAUAAUGGGGUUGGAUCUGGUGUGGUAGCUAGGGCGUUGCAGAAGUCUAUGAUUGAGGAGAGUAGAGGAUCGAGGUCAAGAUCGUCUUUUGAUGGUAGGUUGAGCUUGGAUUUGGGGCAUUUUGGGGGCAAUGCUGAGGUUUUGAGGGGUGCUCAGCACAACCCAGAUGCUAAUAAUGAGUCUUCUGUGCCGUCUGAUCUCACUGCUUCCGAUACAGACAGUGUUUCUUCCGGUAGCACUUCAGGUGUUCAGGACUCCAACAAUGUGGCUUCUGCCAAGGCCGCACAAGUGGCCGCCCCUCGCGGCAUUGCUGUGUCUGCAAGGUUCUGGCAGGAGACGAAUAGCAGGUUGCGGCGGUUGCAGGAUCCCGGUUCACCUUUGGCGACUAGUCCUGUGUCGAGAGCAGGGGCGGCGGGGAAGUAUAUGCAGGCGAAAAAGUUGAAUGGGGAGAAUCCUGCGUCGUCUCCGAGGACAGUGGCUUCUCCCAUUAGAGGAGCUACUAGGCCGGCUUCGCCGGGGAAGCUGUGGACGUCUUCGUCUUUGUCACCUUCGAGGGGGAAUGCUAGUCCUUCAAGGGUGAGGAAUAGUUUUAGUGGUCCAUUGAGUAGUGGUUAUGCUGCUAGUACGCCUUCGUUUCUUAGUUUCUCUAUUGAUACCCGGAGAGGGAAGAAGGGGGAAGACCGCAUUGUUGAUGCACACAUGCUCCGGCUUCUGUAUAACCGUUAUCUGCAGUGGCGGUUUGUAAAUGCAAGAGCAGAUGCUACAUACAUGGUGCAGAGAGUGAAUGCAGAGGAAAAUCUUUGGAAUGCAUGGGUAACUAUCUCAGAGCUACGACAUAAUGUCACACUUAAAAGGAUCAAGUUACUUUUGUUGAGGCAUAAGUUGAAGCUAACUUCUAUCCUCAAAGGACAAAUUACUUAUUUGGAAGAAUGGGCUCUUCUGGACAGAGAUCACUCUAGUUCUUUGCUAGGAGCGAAUGAAGCUUUGCAAGCCAGUACCCUUCGUCUUCCAGUCGUUGGAAAAGCAAUAGUUGACUUUCAAAAGCUGAAAGAUUCUGUGGGCUCAGCAGCUGAUGUGAUGCAGGCAAUGGCAUCCUCGAUAUGCUCGCUUUCAUCAAAGGUGGAAGAAAUGAAUUCCUUGGUAUCUGAACUUGUGAAGGUGACUACAACAGAACGUCUUGUGCUUGAACAAUGCAAAGAUUUUUUGUCAACAUUAUCAGCCAUGCAAGUCAAGGACUGUAGCUUGAGAACACAUAUAAUACAACUAAAACGUCUACCAUUACCCGCAGCCUGACUAAACGUGUGUAGAACUGAUGUUUAUUUGACUACUCACUCCUAAUGCUAACAUUACACGGAAAGUUUCUUUUUCCACCACGCGGAGGCAGCAGAGGUAAUAUGGAUGGAUGAAAUAGCUAGUUUUGGCUUCUGAGUUUGGCAUUUUUGGAACCUGUUGUGGUCUUCUCUGUCAUGUAUCUCAUGUAUGUUUUGUAUCUGAAGAAUACAGAAAAAGGGGCUUUUACCUCUUACUAGUUAGCUGUAUACAAGCACUCUUCGAAAAUGGAAAUGUAUAUGUAUAUAUAUGUAAUGUUCUCCUGGUCUCUGUUAAGUAAGUAGUCUGUGGUAAAGUUCUUCAA